CGGCGGGCGCGGCCAUUUUGGGUAGGGCAGGGCAGGGCAGAGCCGGGGAGCGGCGUGAGGAGGGGGCGGCCGCUUUGUGCUGCCCGGCUCUUGCGGCACCGCCUGGGCCUCCAGCCCCUCAUUUCUCCGCGGUUAAACCUCUGAGGGGAUGCUCGGACAGCCGGGGCUCUGGCGGCGGUGCCGGUCGGCUCCUACCGAGCCUCCCUCAGGUACCUCCUCUCCCCAGGUGUGGUAAAGGAGAUGGGCAGUGGGUGAAGCUUGCUGCUGUAUUUCCAAGUGUGUGCCAGGAGUUUUCAGUUCCUUGUCCCUUCCAAACUGCAUUUCCUCACCACAGGAAGCUGCUUUGCUAAGGACCAGCUUACACUGACCUAUCAUGGCAUCCAACAAAUUUGUUAUUAAGUGUGGGAACUUUGCUGUCUUGGUGGAUGUUCAUAUUUUGCCUCAAGGUUCCAGUAAAGACACCAGCUGGUUUUCAGAUCAUGAGAAAGAGGAGGUCUGCAAGCUGCUAGAAGAAGUUGUUGCUUCAAGGGUCAAACACUACCUGGAGGCACCUAAACAACGUGGUCAGUGGAAACCCAUGGAACAUGGAUCAGCUGGGCCUUUGUUUCUUACCGCCAACAGUUUGCACAUUACUGCCUACUUUAUGAAGAGAUGGGUUAAUCUCCGUUGUGCUCUAGGGAAACAUUAUCGUGAUCUCCGUGUGUUUCCAGAGAAAUUUAUUGUUUGUGUCAGUAAACUUGACUUUGAUCCAAGUGCUUGGACAUGUGACAAUGAUGGAUUGAAAGAAGAACUUUCCAACAUUAAGUCUGAAUAUUUUACUGAAUCUGCUGAGAACAAGAAGCUUAAGAUUCGUCUGAGUGAACAAAUAAAGCAAGACAUUCUGAGGAAAAUUGUAAAGAGGAGAAAACCAAGGAGUAGUAGUGCAAGCAAACCUCAAAUCAGCAAGGACUCCAAGAAAGUGUCUCUUGGCUCAGUGGACUCGCAGGCAGAGAACAGAAAGAACGACUGUCAGACUUCUCUCAGUGCUCGGCCUGAUGUGAGACGUAGGAGUCCAGGCCUGCUGAAGGACUGCACAAACACAGCUGAGAGCAGCUUGGAGCUUCCUGUAUUAGAGCAGAGAAAUGAUGUUAAUCAGAGACAGCCAGAUGAUGUUUGCAGCCAGCAAAAACCUCACUCUCUGCAGUGGUUGGAGGCAAGUCUUCGAAGUGAGAGCCCUCCUUGCAGCUCUGAGUCAGUGCUGCCGGCUCCAAAACAAAGGCGGAGAGUGACCAAAACACAGGCUCAGCUAAGGACCUCUGCUUCAGAGGAAAAGCUGAAGCAUGUCACAGAAGUGUCCUCUGAAGGGGCUCCUUUAACUUCUGUCAAUACAGAAAUGAGUAAGUGUGAUGGCAGUUGUUUGGAGGAGAAGACACCCCUUAAUUCCAGGCUGUUUUCAAAGCAAGACGUGACAAAGACUGUGGUUGACAAGAACUGGUCUCUUUCUGUGAGCAGCAGUGGAGUGCACACAAGCCAAAAUGAGCCAAGCACAGCCACUGAAGAGCUGCCUGCAGUGCCAGCAUCAUGUCCAGAAAUGCACCCCAUGCCUUCAGAGAAGCUUUCCCAAAAAAGAAAAAAAGAAAUAGGAAAUGGUCUCGGGAAGUUAAAACUGCGAAGGCUUAAGAAAUCAAAAUCUGAAAUACUGCCUUGAUGGCAUGGUUGGUCAGCCAAGGUUGUGAGUAAGCAAAGAGUAGGAAGCAAUUCAAAAUUAUGGAAAUUAAUAAAAAUACAAAAUCAAAAUUGGAGAAUGUAUUUUAAGAAAAUUUAGUUAACUAAGCAUCUCAGUAAUUUGGGGCUGUAAUAAAGGUAAUCCUUUUAAGUCUUUAGGAAUUAGUCAUUAUUAUUGCACAAGUCAGCAUCGUAUUUAUGGAAAGAAAAAUCUCUUAUAUCUACUAAGCAAUAUUUUAGAUUUAUAUAUAUAUUCUGUGCUAUUAGAAAGUCAUAUCAGCUGGUGACAGCAAAAGUUAAAACCCCUUAUGUGAACUGUUAGGAGCUGAAGUUAUUUGGUAUCUUGCUUGUUUCUGAGCAUGUAGUUUAUUUUAAUAAAAUUUAACCCUUUCUCUAUAUUAGAAAGUUCAUGGUUUACUCACAUGAUGUGUACAACAAUAAAGCAAAUUAAGUUUAUUUUAAAUAAAUCUUUAACCAGGAUCAAUAGCUAGUGAUUCGAGGCCCACUUUUUCAGAGAAGUUUCUAAAUAACUAGUUUCUGCUUAUGUAGUUUUGAUAUGAACAUGUAACUCUAGCCUAUGUUGUGGAUAUAUCAUGCAUUCAGUCUUGGGGACAAAUGAAGGUUGUUUUUAUAUAUUUAGAUUUAUGUAUUUACACCUGGAUGUGCAAACAUCAUUCUUGGGUGAAGUUCAUAUAUAAACAUGUAUACACAUCUUCAUGGAUAUGUGUUUCAAUCAAAAUCAGGCCUUGCUUGUGUGAAAGGGCAACAUGCUGGUUCUCAUGUGGUACUAAUACCAGAGUUAAAUCUUAUUUUAAGAUAAAAUUUAAUUUCACAGUACUUGUUCAUACUGCUUCUUAAGUUUAAAUGCUAAUGAGCUAGGGAAAUGUACCUUUUUAUUUCAUGCUUAUCUUUUUUAAAUGUGUAAAAUAAAUUUAUAAGCUGUUUUCUUUCAUCUUUCUUAAGAUCAGUGAGACCACAGACACUGAAUCAGCAGUGCCAUGGCAGCAAGGAGGGGCAGCUGGGCACAGGAGGGGAUUGUCCUGCUCUGCUCUGACCUGGCCCUACCUCUCCUCAGGGGCUGGGGACAGUUUUGGGCAUUGGAAUUUAAAAAAAUAGAUAAAGGUAUUAGAGAACAUCCAGAGGAGUGCGUGAGGAAGGGCCUUGAAGGGAAGUGGCUGAGGGCACUGGGUCUGUUCUGCCUGGAGAAGAGGAGACUGAGGGGAGACCUCACUGCAGCUACAACUUCCUCGUGAGUGGAACAGGAGGGGAUGACACUGAUCCCUGGGAGCCAGUGACAGGAUCUGAGGGAAUGGCCUGAAGAUAUGUCAGGGCAAGUUGAGGUUGGCUCUCAGGAAGAGGUUUUUCACCCAGAGCACGGUUGGACACUGAACAGACUCCCCAGGGAAGUGGUCACUGCACCAAGCCUGGCGGAGCUCAACAAGCAUUUGGGUGAGUUUGUUGGGAUGUCCUGUGCAGGGCCAGCAGCUGGACUUUGAUGAUCCUUGUGAGUCUCUUCCAGCUCAGCAUGUUCUGUGCUCUGUGAUUUUAUGUGAAGUAAUUUAGAAAAAUCUCAGUGACAUUUACUUACGACUGUGGAUCUCCUCAUUGAGGUUAAAGAGAUGAUUCACAUCCAGGAGCAUUAGAGUUGGUGGUGUAACCCAGGUCCUGAUGAGAGUUAGCAGCUCUGCAGCUGACAGCAAGACACUGCUGAUUGUACAGCUUCCUGCUGGAAAUUAUUUCUGCUCUAGCUGCAAAUGAAGAAGAUUCUGCAUGUGUCUGGAGGACAUGUUCUCUUUUUUUCUUUCAGUUUCUCAGUGCUUUGCAGUCAGGUUGCAAAUCCUCACCCAGCUCCAGGCUCUGCUAAAAGAUCUUUCCCAGUACCAGCAAAACCAAGGCUGCAAAGAACCUGGUUUGGAGGAAGAAGAGCCUGAGUGUGAUUCCUGCCUUCACCAAACCUGCUAUGGAUCCAGGUGAAUUUUCCACCCGCUUGGCUCUUGCACUUCCCGUGAGGGCCACAAACAUUGGAAGAGAUGUAGCGAACCCCUUCGGGUGUGCUGUUGGAAGCCACUGCCACGGUGCAGCUGUCAAUUACUGCAGAAAAACAGCAGAGACCAGCAUGAGAAUUACCCCUGCAACCUGAUUCCUUAAGAGCAACAUUUUCACUUCCAGCUAUGGAUGUUUAGAAAACACUCGUGCCAUUUAAUAAUUCAGGUUGGAAAAGACCUUUAAAAUCAUUGAGUGAAACCAUAAAUAUAUAGCUGCAAAAACGUUUGGAGUCAAUAAAUAAAUAAAAUAUCAUUGGACUCUGCCAAUUGCGCAUAAUAUAAUCACAACAUCUUCUCUUGAUGAUUGCUGGAACACAUCUAUGCCCUGGAAUAAAUGCAUCAGUCUAUUUGCUA